AUGGAUCCCGCCUACCUGCCAACGCUUCAAGCACAGUUCGGGGACGGUGUCUAUGCCUCCUGGGCAUCUCAUAACCUCCCGGCGCUGCGAACGCCAUCCGCGGACGGCGUCCAGGCCUCCUCGACGGCUCGACUUUCGUUCACCGGCGCCGCGGUACCAGUUCACACGAAGACGCCACCGGGGCUCCACUUCUCUGGGAACGCGGUUAACGCUCCCAAUGGCAUGGAUCCCGCGAACAGGGCUCUGUCAUCAUGUAAGCCUCUAACGGACGCCGUCCACGCGUCCUUGGUCCACGUCCUCGGAAUCGGCGAGCUUACGGCACUUGUGCAAACUGGCGCUCCACGCACGGCGCUGCACCGACACCAUGCCCCAGCGAACCUCCAACCAUGGCCUGAGGCACCCCUGCGUGGCUUCGGUGGUUGCGUAUUACGUGUCGGGGCGCUUGACCUGCAGCUCCAAACCGAAGCCGGGAGCAAGUUCCUCGCCGGCGUUCCCGCCUUCGAGGACCUGCCCACUGAUAUGAUCCUAGGGGCUGACUACCUCCUCUCUGGCGAAGUUCGCCUCACCGUUGAUUCUGCUGGAGUCAACCUCAGUCUCUUGACUCCAAGUACCGCAUUGGCCCAAAGGUCCCAAGUCGACCGACCGCAACCCGAAGUGUCUGCUGAUACCAAAAGCACCUUCUGUGACCAGUCGGGCACACAUCUGCUGGCAUCACAGCCGUCACUGGCCGAGGGCUUCGCUCAAAUAAGGCAAUACGGUGGCCAUCGAUGCGACCCGAGCAGACGUAGCCGGCAUCGGCCAUUCCGGAAGUCUUCCGCUCCAGGUCGACGGAGCCAUUAUCGACCAUUACGGCAGCCCACGUGCGAGUCCGGUGACGACGGCAAGUGCUCUAUUCUGACACCUAGUACACCACCUGAGCGCCGCGCGGAUCAAGACGAAGUGGCUCUCGCCGUCAUGGGAUCCGUCACUGGCCGGUCGGACGGCGACCAGCUCGACCAAAAUAGCGAGAUGCUUUCGGAAACCUUCAGGAGUUUCGACGUGGAACGAAAAUACGGUGGCGUCCACGUGCACCUCCAAACCGAAGCCGGGAGCAAGUUCCUCGCCGGCGUUCCCGCCUUCGAGGACCUGCCCACUGAUAUGAUCCUAGGGGCUGACUACCUCCUCUCUGGCGAAGUUCGCCUCACCGUUGAUUCUGCUGGAGUCAACCUCAGCCCCUUGACUCCAAGUACCGCAUCCGCCCAAAGGUCCCAAGUCGACCGACCGCAACCCGAAGUGUCUUCUGAUACCAAAAGCACAUUCUGUGACCAGUCGGGCACACAUCUGCUGGCAUCACAGCCGUCACUGGCCGAGGGCUUCGCUCAAAUAAGCCAAUACGGAGGCCAUCCAUGCGACCCGAGCAGACGUAGCUGGCAUCGACCAUUGCGGAAGUCUUCCGCUCCAGGUCGACGGAGCCAUUAUCGACCAUUCCGGCAGCCCACGUGCGAGUCCGGUGACGACGUGGCUCUCGGUGUCACGCUUUUAUUAUUCGGUGCAGCAGAGCCGGCUCCUGUGGUAAGCACGACAGCAGGACGUAUACGCGGUGCAUUACGCUACGCUGCGGAGGACCGAAAAGUGUACAGCUUUACUGGCAUACCGUUCGCUAAACCGCCUUUGGGGGAAUUACGGUACAAAAAGCCACAGCCACCACUGCCAUGGGGUGAGGACGUGCUGGACGCCACAAGAACGCCACCGUCCUGCAUGCAACUCAGUGUGUUCUCAGCCAGGUAUCUGCUAUGGGUUCCCUACGAUAGGCCGAAAAGUGAGGACUGCCUCUACCUGAACAUAUGGACUCCGAAACUGGGUGCAUCGGCGCAGCUGCCAGUAAUGGCGUGGCUACACGGUGGAGAUUUUCAAGUUGGAUCACCCGCGAUGUGGCUCGAUGACGGCGGCAACUUGGCCGCGCUCGGUGAUGUCGUCGUGGUCACCAUUGCGUACAGGCUCCAGUCGUAUGGAUUCCUGUACGACGGCACCGAAGAGGCACCUGGUAACCAAGCUUUCCACGACCAGGUUCUGGCACUGAAGUGGAUACAAGACAACAUCGAGACUUUCGGCGGUGACCCAGGUUCGGUGACGCUGUUCGGGUGGAGCGCCGGCGGUAUAGCUGCUGGUUUCCACCUCCUGUCUCCACGAAGCGGUAACCUCUUCGCGAGAGUGAUUAUACAGAGCGCGGGGGUUACAAACAGUGAUCGUACACUAAGCGCUGCGACGAUCCUUGGUUAUACAAAACAAUUUGCGCAGAUGUUCGGCUGCAAAAAUGGAAGCGAGGAUGGAAGUGUUUCAUCGGAGAACGUAGCGUGUCUGCGAAGGAUCGAUGCUACAGUGAUCUCGUCAGUCGAACAAACUUUCGUGGACCAAGGAAUCGGUCAGUUCAAACCGAUUUACGGAGAUGAAUUCCUGCCCGUGGACAACCGCAAGGCUCCGUUUCGCGGAGACAAAGAUGUUAUAAUGGGCCACGUUGCGAAUGAGGGCAGUAUGAUGAUUUACGAAAGCUUCAGAGACACGUUCUCUCAGGUCCUAGCACCACGGAAAAUCAACAAGGCCGAAAUGAUUCACUAUUUGGGAAGCCUUUAUAGUGACCUAUCGCUUUCAGGUGUCCUCAAGAUAGAAGAUGAAUACAUGAAUAGUACUGGUGACUUCGAUUACGACGCACUACGCCAAGCGUUCGUUCAGACCAAAAGUGACUCUCACGUGAUAUGCGGUACAUUUAUUACCGCAUCGAAACUGUCCAAUGCUAUGGCUACAGAAAACACCGGAAAGGGUGUGUACGUUUACGAACUGGACUACAUAUCUCGGUGUAAUAAAAGACCUCCGUGGUUUGGCAUGACGCACGGUGACGAGACGCCUCUUGAAUUCGGAAGGCCUUUUGAUCGUGAAAAUGGAUGCAAAGCUGACAUUCCGUUCAGUAGGAAAAUUAUCAAUGUAUGGACCAACUUCGCUAAAGGAAGGAGGCCAAGCGGGCCAUGCGGAGCUGAAUGGCCGUUGUUUCAGCUAGAUACCAUGAAAGUUCUAAAGAUCGCUUCAGGUGAAACUAAAAUUACUAGCUUUAACCAUAAAAACCGAUGUGCUCUACUGAAGAACCUUGAACUUUAUUAG